ACAAAAAGGCCACUAUCUUUACAAACAAACUUCCUCACCAAAUCCAUGCGUUCCACCCUUAAUCUAAAAUAAACACCCCUCAAAAUUCUCGCAGCUUCACACCAAAACAAUGUCUUCAAUCUCAACAUCAACAUUCCAAGACGAAACCAUUCAUCCACCUUCCAGUUCACUCAUGAAAAUAAUUCUUUUAGAGCUAAAAACACAAAAAGCUAUGGCUCUUCCACUGGUGGGUAUGAAUUUAACAUGGUUUGCCAAGAUAGCCAUCACAACUGCCUUUCUUGGACGUCUUGGAGAGUUGCAGUUAGCUGGUGGCACACUUGGCUUCACCUUUGCUAAUGUAACUGGCUUCUCUGUCUUGAAUGGUCUCUGUUCUGCCAUGGAACCAAUAUGUGGCCAAGCUUUUGGGGCUAAAAAUUUUAGGCUUCUCCACAAGACCCUUCUCAUGGCUAUUUUCUUGUUACUAACAGCAACCCUGCCUAUUUCUUUCCUGUGGCUUAACGUUGACAAAAUUCUCAUCCAUUUUGGCCAGCAAAAAGACAUUUCAAUUGUCGCUAAGCACUAUCUUUUUUAUCUCCUUCCUGACUUAGUAUUCACUUCACUUCUCUGUCCUCUCAAAGCCUAUUUCAGCUCACAAAACAUAACAAUUCCUAUACUGUUAAGCUCAGCACUAGCACUCGCCUUUCAUAUUCCUGUCAACAUCUUGCUUGCAAAAACUAAGGGUCUUGAGGGAGUUUCUAUGGCAAUAUGGAUAAGUGAUGCUCUAGUUGUGAUUUUACUUGUAAUAUAUUUGUUGAUGAUGGAGCGUUACAACAAGGAGGGGAAGUGGAAAGAAGGAGGAUGGUGGGAGCAGGGCGUGUGCGACUGGCUCAGAUUUCUCAAACUCUCUGGACCUUGUUGCUUAACCACCUGCCUUGAAUGGUGGUGCUAUGAGAUCUUGGUUUUGUUGACAGGACACCUAUCAAAUGCGAAACAAGCAGUAGGAGUGUUAGCCAUUGUGCUAAACUUCGACUAUUUGCUGUACUCUGUCAUGUUAUCAUUAGUCACAUGUGCAUCCAUCCGAGUGUCCAAUGAGCUUGGUGCUAACCAAUCUCGGGUGGCUUACCAGUCAGCAUAUGUGUCUCUAGGAGUGAGCAUCAUUUCAGGUAGCAUAGGUGCUUUGGUUAUGAUAGGAGCCAGAGGUUUUUGGGGGUUUUUGUUUACUCAUGAUAAAGGAAUCAUAAAGGGUGUGAAGAAGAUGAUGUUGCUUAUGGCUAUAGUGGAAGUGGUAAAUUUCCCAUUGGCAGUUUGUGGAGGAAUUGUCCGUGGAACGGCUAGGCCAUGGUUGGCUAUGUAUGCCAAUAUUGGUGGAUUUUACCUCAUAGCCUUGCCACUGGGCGUAGUUUUCGCUUUCAAAGCAGCACUGGGGCUCGGUGGACUGUUGAUUGGAUUUUUAAUUGGAAUGGUUGCGUGCUUAACUCUAUUGUUAAUGUUUGUUGCAAGGAUAAAAUGGGACGAAGAAGCUUGCAAAGCACAAUUUCUUGCCUGCAGGUUACAGCAGGUUAUUAACGAAGAUGAAAAUAACAAAUCUGCAGUUAAUAAUUCAGCCUAGAGGAAGCCUGGAAAUACUUUUUAUUUUAUAUUACAGUACAGACGACUCCUCUAUCACUGACGC